AUGAGAAUUUCUCUUAUCGUUCCCGCCAUUUUGGCCACUACCGUCAUUGCUGGGCCUGUCCAGACACGUGCCGGAUGCACCGCUACAUCUUACGAGCAAAUCGCAGGGACCAAAGGUUGUAGUGCGAUUGUCAUCCAAGGCCCAUUUACCGUGCCUGCUAACAAAAAGAUUGAUCUCACUGGACUCAAGACCGGCACCACAAUCAAGAUUAGGAAUCUUGGAAAGGACCACGACCUCGUCACCAUUGGUGGUUCGAACAUUAACAUUGAUGGCACCAAGGGAGUUUUCGAUGGCAACGGUCCAGCAUAUUGGGAUGGCAAAGGAGGCAAUGGUGGUGUCAAUAAGCCCAAGUUUGUCAGACUCCGCAAAAUGAGUGGUUCAAUUACUGGACUGACUAUCCUUAGAUCGCCUGUCCACACCUUCUCUGUCAAUAACUGUAAUGGACUUAUUCUUAAGGACAUUACCAUUGAUAACCGCGGACCCAGCUAUAGUCUUGGCCACAAUACAGAUGGCUUUGAUAUCUCUGGUGACUCCAAAGGUAUCACAAUUGUAGGUGCCAAAGUGUACAAUAACGACGAUUGCCUUGCUGUCAACAGCGGCUCCAACAUCGUCUUCAACGACAAUCUUUGCGAUGGUGGUCAUGGUGUUUCAAUUGGUUCUAUCAAGGCUGGUGGAGUGGUUGAUGGUGUUUCAAUCGCUCGCUGUAACAUUGUGAACUCUGACAACGCUGUCCGUAUCAAGGCCUAUGCCAACGCGACGGGCGGUAAAGUCAACAAUAUUACCUAUACAGACAUUACAAUGUCCAACAUUCACAAGUAUGGUGUUAUUAUCCAACAGGAUUACACCAAUGAAGGACCCACUGGAAAGCCUGGUGGGGCCGCUCCUAUCACCAAUGUGAACCUCAACAACAUCCGUGGUACCAUGAGCAAGAAAGGAAGAAACAAUGUCUACAUCCUCUGUGCCAAGUGCGACAAGUUCAAUUUCCAAAAGAUUAACAUUACUGGAGCAUCGCCUAAAUGCACUGGAAUCUCUCCCAAGCCUAGCGGUUGCUAA